AUGGCCAAGAACAAAUUAAGAGGCCAAAAGUCGGGAAAUGUAUUUCACAGAGCCAGCCAAAAAAAAAACUUUAAAUCCCAAAACAAAGCAAAACCAGUCACCACUCAUCUUAAAAAGAUAAAUAUCUUAAAUGCUGAAAAAGUUCGUAGAAUGAAUAAUGCUUUUAUAAACAUUCAGAAGGAACUUGCAGACUUCUCAAAAAGGCUUACUCUUGAACUGCUGCAGAAAGAGUUGAAUAAUCAGCAGCAUCAUGAAAAAGAACCUUAA